UUUGUAAACAAACCUUACUGAGGAACCAGCGAAAGUUUAAAUUUAACAUUUUAGGAUAGAUAAAAAAUGAAGACAAAUAUAUUAUCAAAGUAUUGUAUUAUGUAGACAAGCACUGGUUUCGCAGAUAAUUGUGAAUAACUGUUAAAGCCUUCGGUGUGUAGAAAAUGGAAAGACUGUUCAAGUCAACAAGGGACUUUAUCCAGAGUUGAUACAAUAUUGACAAUGUUUAAUUGAAUCUCGUCACCUGUAAUAUUUAAGCAGUCAUGCAAGGAAGGGCUGAUCAGAGCAUGAGCCGAGGAGGAGGUUCUUCAGCGGGAAAGUCUCUGGCUCCAAGUAGAAGCACCGUCUAUAUUUCCAACUUGCCUUUCUCUCUCACAAAUACCGAUCUGCAUAAGAUUUUUGAGAAGUUUGGAAAGCUUGUGAGAGUGACCAUUCUUCGGGACCGUGAGACCAGAAAGAGCCGUGGAGUUGCCUUUGUUUUAUAUCUGUCUCGUGAAGAAGCCCAUGCAUGUGUCAAGGGAACAGAUGGGAAAGAAAUGUUUGGCCGAACACUCAAAGCAAGCAUUGCGAAAGAUAAUGGUCGAGCUCCCGAAUUCAUCAGGCGAAGAGAAUAUCCGGACAAGUCAAGAUGUUAUGAAUGUGGAGAUUUUGGUCAUUUGAGUUAUUCUUGCCCUAAAAAUCUGCUGGGAGAUAGAGAACCUCCUAAGAAGAAACCAAAGAAGCGAAGAGGUGAUUUCCAGGAUGAGACCAAACUCAAGAAUGCUAAGUAUGAGGAUGAAGAUGCAGAAGAGGACGAGGAUGAAGAACCAAAGUUUGAAGAAGACUCACUCAGUGAAGCAAUCAGAUAUCAACAAGAACUAAGAGAAGCAGAGGAAUUCCAAAGUAGACUUGCAGCAGGAGAAUAUUCCAAGUGCGAGCCAGGGGUCCAUCGAGCAAAGAUAAAGCAGUCUUCCUACUUUAGUGAUGAAGAAGAACUGAGUGAUGAUUGAAAUAACAGUGAUUGGUCAGAUUUUGCAGUAAUGCAGUAAUUUAAUUUUCAAUUUGAUCCUAAGUUCUGUACUAUUGUAAUUGAGGUUCUGUGUGCACUGUGAGAGAAUGUGAACUAAAAGCUGAGGCUGUGAACUUAAUCUUUUGGUAAUAAAAAUCCUAGAGUACAAAUAGAUACAAAUGGAGAUACGGAUUUUAUUUUGUAAACUUUUCCUUUUUUUUUCUUUCUUUCUCUUCCUUCUCUUUUUUCUGUUUGCUAUUGUUCCCUUAUUUUCUCAGCUUGUUCCUCUAAAAAUUACAGGUAAGAGACCUUGUAAAAUUGCCUUUAAAAUAUACAUAAUUAUAUAUUUUAACAUUGAUUAUCAUUAGGUGUACAGUUCCCAGGACUGAAUGUCAAAAUUUUAGCAUGGAUUUUGAUAUAAAUGAAGUAUUUUAUUUUAUUUAUCUUGUAAUACUGAUAGUACUAUUUGCACAAAUUAUUUAUUCAUAUAUUUUAAGAAAAUUUGUCAUACUAUAAAUGUACAUGUUGGUUGGAAAUCAAUAUAUGAAAACUUUUAUAAAUGAGCUGGCAGUAGGUUGGUUACUGGAUUACGAUUAUAAGUUAUGUAAUUUUCUUAUUUUUCUUCCCUUUCACUCCUUUUUUCUGUUUUACAACCAUGUCUAACCUAUUAGGCACAUUGCCAAAGACAUAAGCAUUAUAUGCAAAAUAAACAUAUUUAUUUUAAAUUCAGAAACAUUUUUUUUUUCCUUUCACCCUUCUUAUUUCAUUUUUAUCUUUUAUUUCUGUUUAUGUCCAUUACCUAUAACACUGUAGAAUAUUGUCAUUUUUAUUUUUAAAAAGGUAAAGAAAAAAAAGCUGUGUUGGAAGCUUUGACUACAAUUAAUAUUUAUGCCAGGAGUCCAUACAUAUUGUACAUGUGGCAUUAGCUGUGAUUACUUACUUUCUUUAUUUCUUUCUUUUGUUAUAUCUUCAUUAUUUUGAAAAAAGCUAUUAGGAAAUAAAUAAAGCAGAAAUUUCAGACUCUGCAUACCAGAAUCACUUUGUAGAAGCUAUAAUCCUCAAUAACAAUAAGACAUGGAUGUGUCCCACUGAAGAUUGUAUUUAACCUUGUGAUCAAGAGUUUAAUAUUAUUAAACCUCUUUUUGAUUCCUACAGUAAGCCAAAAGAGUUAGAGCAAAGUGAUAACAUUUUUAACCAUUCCACCACAGCACAUGCAUAUAAAUAUGGCACACAGGCACUUACUUCUUCAAUAAAUUUCCUGUGUAAUACAUAUGCCUAUACUGUACAUAACAUGUACAUAAAGAUAAAAGGAAAAAAACUGCCUCAGUAUGAACUGAAAUUAACUCAUCAAACUUGCCAAGCAUUCCUCAUCAGACAAACAACCAAAAGGAACGUUUUUUGUAUAUUUCUC